AUGGCUCAACUAACAGCAAGUCAAGAACGUGAAUUACGUGAUGCAUUUAAUCUGUUUGAUAGUGAUCAUUCAGGUAGAAUAUCAAAAUCCGAAUUAAAACGUGUACUUCAUGCAUUAAAUAUUCAAGCCGAUGAUCAUGAAGUACAACAAUUAUUAUCUCAAAUGGAUACUGAUCGUAGUGGUGAAAUUGAUUAUAGAGAAUUUAAAAAUGUUAUGGCUGCAUCUUUUUUUAAAAAAUAUUCAAAACAUGAAUUACAAGCAGCAUUUAAAAGAUUUGAUGCAGAUAACAAUGGUUAUAUAACAGGAAAUGAACUUAGCCAUAUAUUAACACGUAUGGGAAGACAUUUAACUCGAGAGGAUAUCGAAGCUAUUGUUCGAUCAGUAGAUUCAAGUGGUGAUGGAAAAAUUUCAUUUGGUGAAUUUUGUAAAAUAUUUGAUUGA